AUGCCUUGUUACCCCAUCGAAAGUGUAUUCCCUAUGCAUACAUUACCAAAUAGCAGCCACCGCAGUGGUUCUAUAUACAGGAGUAUAUGGAAUAAAUUUUAUCGUGUCUCAGACCGUAGUGAGACUCGGUUGGAGGCGAAGAUGCAUUCAGAAUCCACAAGUGAUUGCUUCUUGCGCGAUGGAGAGUGUAUGAUUCAUACACCUUGUUGCAUGCUGCAGUUUUUCUCAUUAAAGUUGGCUAAAAUUCCUGUGAACAGUGGCUCAGUGGAGUUGUAUGGAUACAUAGCAGUACGGGAUGGUCUGGAUCGAUUGCUUAAUUGUGUCGUCAACUUUAGCAGAGAUGACCCCAUCAUCGUGGAGCAGGGUUCUCUCAUCAACAUGAAUGGCCCUAAGCGAGCGAUACAUAUGUAUGACACUGUUUUCAUUGAGUAUGACAUGAAGAUCAAGACAGGUGAGCAAGAAAAAGAUGAUCUACAGCUGAUUGAUGGUCUAUCAGGCAUAGACGACACAGGCAUAUGGAAUUGUCGCACAAUAACAAGACGCAUCCAUGGUGAUUCUGGCGCAGUUGACAUAACUGUAUUGCGUCUUGAGAGUGCUGUUGAGGGGACUGUAGAAGUUUCCAUAUCAGAAGUGAAAUGCAGUUUCAGUUUGUGUCUUGGCUGUAUCAUCAAUGGUUUCAAUGAAGAAAUCUGUCUCUUUGAUGGCACCGUUGGUGAAUCAAGUGUUUUAGAGAGGUCUGUGGUAGCUGUCGUCAUGGGUUCAUGGAUGGAUUUAAAGUUCAAGGUUGGCCCAGAGUCCUCCAGUUCUGCUGAAGUCUGUUCCUUCGAGGCAAGCAACCAUGGGCUAUCUACUCAACAGAUAAAGACUAAUUUUGCAUUGAUCUCAGUUAAGGUGACUUGGUCAACUUUGGAAUAA